UUUGAAUGCGUCAUCAGCAGGAUAUUCUUGCGUUAGGGCGGGGGUAUUCGUGUGGCGAACAGCAUUUUUAUCUCGUUUUAGCUCGGCCAUGUCAGUCGAGUUGCAGUCGAGCCGCAUCUCUUUGAACAGGAGUGUGUUUUCCACGCAGGUUCCACGCAGAUAGACCAUCGCCAUGGAUGUCACGGACCCCACUCACAAUCAGCACUACUGCCUUCGGUGGAACAAUCAUCGCUCGAAUCUGCUGACCGUCUUCGACGAGCUGUUGCACAACGAGGAGUUCAGCGACGUUACCCUCGCCGUCGAUGACGGCAGGAUGGUCAACUGUCACAGGAUCGUGCUGGCCGCAUGCUCGACGUACUUCCAGACCUUAUUUACCAAACUGCCACCCAAUCAGCAUCCGAUAAUCGUCCUCAAGGACGUUAGGUACCUGGAGAUAAAGGCGAUACUGGAAUACAUGUAUCGCGGUGAGGUGAACGUGGCGCAUGAACAGCUAUCUGCCCUACUGACCGUCGCGCAAGUGCUGAAGGUAAAGGGUCUGGUGGAGGAACAUGAGAACAGUCGGACCAGCACGGCGCGUGACCUACGCCGCGAGGAUACGACAAUGAACACGCAAAUAUCACCGCCGCCGACUAUCACCACCAGCACCGGUGGUGGCGGCAACGGCAGCAACUCGCCGCCGUCAUACUCCUCCCUUUACGAGAGAUCCGCAAUCUCGCACGAUCGCGCAGGUCAAAGUCAUCUAGCGAACUCAUUACUCGUCCCGGGCUCGUGGCCGCCGUUACCGUUGGCGGGUCACCAGCUCCCGACACACUCCACCCCCGUUCUCGGCAGCGGAAGCGGCGGUGGCAGCGGCGGCGGCGUCGGCGGAUCUUACGACAACGGCAUCGAAUACUCGCCGCCGCUCAAGGUCCGGAAGCUGCAGUCAAGCCUGUUGAUGAACAACGACACGCCGAUACUGCGCGGAGUACUCGGUCAAUCUCACGUUGAUAGUUCACAGGCUAUGCCGCUGUUGCAGCCGGAUAGCCAUGAGCCGCACUAUCGCAACGCGAGCAGCAACGGAUCCGCGAACGACUGCAGCAAUCGCCGCAGCAAUGACCUGGCCCAUAGUGAGACCGUUCACACCGACGUCUCCUACGUAGACGAGGACGAGAGACAGCCGUCCCCGCAGUCCUAUAGCGCAGACACUGUAAGAAAUUCAGCUGCUGCGGAUUGCCCCCAGCCGAAGCCUGAAUGGAAACGCUAUAAACAGUACACCCGAGACGAUAUCACCGCGGCGAUCGAGGCUGUGAGGAGAGGUAUGAGCGCCGUACAGGCGGCGCGUAAAUACGGCGUGCCGUCGCGCACGCUUUAUGAUAAGGUGAAGAAGCUCGGCAUCCAAACAUCGCGGCCACUCAAGCGCUCGUCGAGCAACGGCGGAAGCGGGGCUUCCUUCCCGUACGGCAUGGGCGCCAACGCGAACGGCGACAUUUACAAUAACAGCGUCGUCAGUGCCAAUAUUCUGUACGACAAUGACAGCGAGAGCGGUAGCGGUAACAUCAACAUCGCCGAGGGCUGUUUGGCCGGCACGAGUGCCCCGGUUUUCAAGGCAGCGUCGUACGCGAAGACGACAAAGGACACGUCGCGGGACUCGGCAAUGUCCGCGGACUCGAUGGCCAGUUGCAGUUCGAGCCCGGUGAUACGCUGCGCCAAACAGAGGCAGCAGCAACAGCAGGAAUUGGAGGAUCAGGUAGAGGACCUAUCGGUGAGUCGCAAAUCCGACGUUCCGGUGAUAGUACCGUCGCCCACUACAUCCGCCGCGAUUAAAGACGAGGCGCCAGAAACGGGGCUGGACAGUAAAGAUUGCUGCGACUACAGCUAA